AUGAAUCUGCCGGAGGUCGGAAAUGGCGGUGGCUCGGGUUUUCCGGCGGUCUCUGUCGGCAACAAGAGGAAUAAGUAUCAGCGAAUGGACUCCGACGCGGAGGGAUAUCGUCAGGACGACGGAGAGACAAGAAGCAACAGAACCAGAAAAUACGUUAUGGCCUGCGCCUUCUUUGCGUCCUUGAACAAUGUUCUUCUCGGCUACGAUGUUGGGGUGAUGAGUGGUGCGGUCUUGUUCAUACAGCAGGAUCUCAAGAUCACGGAGGUGCAGACGGAAGUCCUCAUCGGCAGCCUCAGCAUCAUUUCUCUCUUCGGCAGCUUGGCCGGCGGAAGAACCUCUGACUCCAUCGGCAGGAAAUGGACCAUGGCCUUGGCUGCUCUCGUCUUCCAGACAGGCGCGGCAGUGAUGGCUGUCGCUCCCUCCUUCGAGGUUCUGAUGAUCGGAAGAACUUUAGCUGGAAUCGGGAUCGGGCUCGGUGUCAUGAUUGCUCCGGUCUACAUUGCUGAGAUAUCCCCCACCGUAGCAAGAGGCUUUCUCACGUCGUUUCCUGAGAUCUUCAUAAAUCUUGGGAUAUUGCUAGGCUAUGUCUCCAACUACGCCUUCUCGGGGCUUUCCGCGCAUAUCAGCUGGAGGAUCAUGCUCGCAGUCGGGAUUCUUCCUUCGGUCUUCAUAGGAUUUGCGUUGUGCGUGAUCCCUGAAUCGCCGAGGUGGUUGGUGAUGAAAGGCCAAGUGGAUAGAGCACGAGAGGUGCUCAUGAAAACGAAUGAGCGAGAUGACGAAGUGGAAGAACGGCUCGCUGAGAUACUACUGGCGGCCGCAAAGACAGAAGGCAGCGAGGAGAGACCGGUGUGGCGUGAGCUUCUAAGCCCAUCUCCUGUUGUACGCAAAAUGCUGAUCGUUGGAUUUGGGAUCCAGUGUUUCCAGCAGAUCACAGGAAUCGAUGCCACCGUCUACUAUAGUCCGGAGAUUUUGAAAGAGGCCGGGAUACAAGACGAGACCAAGCUGCUCGCCGCGACUGUCGCUGUUGGGAUCACCAAAACGGUGUUCAUACUCUUCGCCACCUUCCUGAUCGAUAGCGUUGGCCGUAAACCGCUGCUUUAUGUGAGCACGAUCGGAAUGACUUUGUGUCUCUUUUGUCUAAGUUUCACCCUCACAUUUCUCGGCCAAGGAACGCUCGGCAUAACGUUUGCGCUCCUGUUUAUUUGCGGGAAUGUUGCCUUCUUCUCUAUAGGGAUGGGACCUGUUUGUUGGGUCUUGACGUCAGAGAUCUUCCCAUUACGACUAAGAGCGCAGGCCUCAGCGCUUGGGGCGGUUGGGAACAGGGUGUGCAGCGGUCUGGUGGCAAUGUCCUUCCUCUCCGUGUCACGUGCCAUCACUGUAGGAGGAACCUUCUUCCUCUUCUCCCUCGUGUCUGCGCUCUCGGUUAUUUUCGUGUACAUGCUUGUCCCGGAGACAAGCGGGAAGUCACUGGAGCAAAUAGAGUUGAUGUUUCAGGGCGGCACAUUGGAAAUGAAAGGCAGCGAAGUCGAGCUUGGAGAUGCUGAGCGUCUUGUGCGCAAGAAUCAAGAGUUUUGA